UGGAUAUAACCAAAGUGAGGGUGUGGUCAUUGUCUUAUCCUUAAUUCUUGGAAUUGAGAGGGAGCCAACAAAAAAGAGAGAUUGGUAGAAACCGUAAUCUUUCAAAUUUCUGUUUUAACAAACCCACAAGGGGAGAGAGGGGGUAGCACUGAGACUUCCUCACCAAUGGCAAGUUUAGUAGCAGUCCAGCAGCAAACUCAGCCCUCUUUAUCUAUCCUCCCUUCCUCUUUGUCUGACUUCAAUGGCACCAGACUUCACACUCAACUCCAGUGUAAAAGAAAGGUAUGGCAAACAAGGGGAGCACUGCAGGUAACAGCAUCAAGUUCCAAGAAUAUUCUUAUAAUGGGAGGCACCCGAUUCAUUGGUGUGUUUUUAUCUAGACUUCUUGUCAAAGAAGGUCAUCAGGUGACAUUGUUUACCAGAGGUAAGGCACCAAUUACCCAACAAUUGCCAGGUGAAUCAGACCAGGAUUUUGCUGAUUUUUCUUCCAAGAUCUUACAUUUGAAAGGAGAUAGGAAGGACUUUGAUUUUGUGAAAUCCAGUCUCUCAGCUAAAGGCUUUGAUGUUGUUUAUGAUAUAAAUGGUAUGCAAUGUCUAAUUCUGUGCUCUUUGCAUACUUCACCCUGUUUAACUAGGAUACAAUUGUUUAGUUGUCUUUUCCAAAUGCUGAUUUUUUUUUUCUGCUUAUUUCCAGGACGCGAGGCAGAUGAAGUUGCACCUAUAUUGGAUGCUCUACCAAAACUAGAACAGUAUAUAUAUUGCUCUUCGGCUGGAGUUUACCUCAAAACUGAUCUUUUACCACACAGUGAGACAGAUGCAGUUGAUCCGAAGAGCAGGCACAAGGGAAAGCUCGAGACAGAGAGUUUACUAGAAUCAAGAGCUGUUAACUGGACUUCUUUAAGGCCCGUCUAUAUCUAUGGGCCGUUAAACUACAAUCCUGUUGAAGAGUGGUUCUUUCACCGGUUGAAAGCAGGUCGCCCAAUUCCAAUUCCCAAUUCAGGAAUGCAAAUUACCCAACUUGGUCAUGUAAAGGAUUUGGCAGCAGCUUUUGUUCAAGUUCUUGGUAAUGAAAAAGCAACCAAGCAAGUAUUUAACAUAUCAGGAGAAAAGUACGUCACCUUUGAUGGAUUAGCAAGGGCAUGUGCAAAGGCUGCUGGUUUUCCAGAACCUGAUAUCAUUCACUACAACCCCAAGGAAUUUGACUUUGGGAAAAAGAAGGCAUUUCCAUUCCGUGACCAGCAUUUCUUUGCAUCUGUUGACAAGGCAAAACAUGUGCUUGGAUGGAAACCUGAAUUUGACCUGGUGAAGGGCCUAGCUGAUUCUUACAAUCUUGACUUUGGUAGAGGAACAUACAGGAAAGAGGCUGAUUUCUCCACUGAUGACUUGAUUCUUGGUAAGAGUCUUGUUCUCCAGGCCUAGACCAUAAAGAGCCUUUUCUUUAGAUUUUUCCCUCUUUUUUUCAUUCAAGUAUGGUAGUAAUUUACCAAAUUCAAAGCAAUCACCACUUCAAUAGAAAUAUUUGGUAUCCAGAUGUUGUGCACAGGCUUUUGUAAAAAGAAUUUGCAUAGGUGAUCAACUAAACUGGAAUUGUGCUUGAACAAUUUGAACCUUGCCUUGUCUCAUGUAAUUAAUAUCCCAGCAGUCACUUUUCUUGCAGAA